AUGGCUUCGCAGUCACGAAGAGGCGGACUCUCACUCCCCGACCGGCGAGGCUCUUCAAAGCAGGAACCGAACAUCCUCGCCAAAAUCAACAACUCUCAAAUCGUAUCGAAAGGAAAGCAAGCAGCCUGCGACACCGUUUUUGUCGCCAAAAAGCUCCUUAAAAGCACAGGCAAAGCCGCCUGGAUUGCCGGAACUACUUUUUUAAUCCUGGCUGUACCUUUGAUUAUCGAGAUGGACCGUGAGCAGCAAUUCAACGAACUCGAGCUCCAGCAGCAAAGCCUUCUUGGUGCCCCUCCCGUUGCCCCUACUCCACCCAAGUAG